ACGAAAAUGUUAAGAUCGUUUACGGUAUUGAAAAAUUUGCAGUAAAAAAUAAAAGGAAAAAUAAUGGAAAUUGUUUAUAUUUUUAAAGUGUUUUCUUUAGUGUUGAUAACUAUUGCAAAAGCUAAUGAGAUUACUAAGGAGGAGAAUAAUGAGGAACCGAAUGUAAUUAGUAGCGCGGAAGAAAGUGUUAAUAAUGAUGAAACUAAAGACUUAAGAACGGAAAAGUUAUCAAGACAAAGUAUAAGUUUAUGGCCAAAUAUUGAACAAGAUCAGGAUCUUUUGUUAUUGGAGCAAGUUUUGCAGGAUAUUGAAGGUCGCGGCAAAUCUCAACGCUACAAAAAACUCACAAAAUUUAUGUACCCUCUCUUCAUGGGGGUGCUAGUGGCUAAAAUUGUCUUAAUACCACUGAUACUUAAAAUGUUAACCGCCAUCUCGGCAUCAGCUUUGGUAAUGGGUAAAAUUGCUUUAAUUGCUACAGGAUUCAUUGCACUAAGUUCGAUAUUCUCACAUGGUCUUUACGAUACCAAAGAUCGUUUUGAAUUAAUUUAUCUGCCGAAUGGAAGACCAUAUCGUUCUACGACCGGUGGGUUCUCACUCUAUGAUGAUCAAUCGUGGUCAGAUAGUAAUAAUCAAUAUGCUGUUGUUGCACCAGCUGCAGCUGGACAACAGCAAAAAUAUAUUCCUGUUAAUUUAAAACCAGAAUUCGCGUAUAAUUCAUAUCGAGCUGCUGGUGAGCUUGGCGGAGGAGGAUCAGGACGAGUUGGCAAUUCUAUUAACGAUUUGUAUUAUUAUUCACAGCAUAAUUAUAAUAACAAUAAUAAUAACAAUGACGGUAAACCGUUUUUAUAAGCAUUUUAAUAGAUUUAAUGGAAAUAUUUAUUAGCAAAGGUGAAGGAAAGGGUAGUGUUUAGAAGUAUUUAUGUACUUGAAUGUUUUAGAAUAAUAUUAUGUUUUAAUAUGAUUAUUACAUUAUUAGAAGUUAUUAUUAAUUGCUCUUAAAGUUAAUUUUAAUUAAUUUUAAAUUUAAGCUCAAUAUUGUAUUAUUUUCUAGAUGUAACAUAAAUGGGAUUUUCGAUAAAUUAAAAAACAAAUUUAAAACAAUAUCUAAGCUCUUUAUGUAUACUGAUUAAGCUGAUGUUAAAUGACAAAAUUAAGAUUUUUCUAAAUGUUCAACCAAACAAUUGUGUUCCUAAAAUAUCUAUGGACUUUGUCUUGUCCUUUUCAACAAUCAGUCAUGGAUGAUUUAAAUUCUUUAGCUUUAUAUGCUAAAUAUUGUUGAAAAUGACUCAAUUAAGUUUAAAAAUAUUAAUACAGUUUACUAAAAUAACAAAUAUUAAAAAAAAAUAAUUUAAAUAAAAUGUAGUACAAAUCAAUUAGUUGUGUUUUAUUUAUGCUGCAAACUUUGCUCAGCUUUUCAGAAACUACUACUGGGCCGUUUGUAUAAAAAAUAUUCCUCCGGAGAAUGAAAAAUACAAUGUUUUAAAAUUUUUCUUUUAAAGUCAAUAUUUAGUGAGCUGGGAUAAAGGAUAAUUUUCUACAAUUUUGUAAA